AUGCGCCUCACAACGCGCCCGAGUCCAACACGCAGUGACGCAGAAGCCGACCUGUCUAUCUCCUCGCUGAUAGACCCCCAGCCAUCCUAUCAGCUCUUCUCGUGGUUCAUUCCUCUCCUAGGCAAGCUGUGUCGCUACCACCUGGCCGCCUCUGUCCAACAAAGGGGCACCGCCGAAGUUGUUUUGUUGCCCAACAUGUCCACGUCUUCGGUCUCUGGUGCAAACUACACGCUCCCUCCUGGCUAUACUGGCACCCUGGACGAUUAUGUACAGUCUAUCUUCAAUGCCGGCUAUUUCGAUAUGGUCGCGACGGCAAUAGUAAUAUUUGACACGGUCAUUAUCCUGGGUGACGAGAUUCACCUCGUCUGGCAAGGCCGCUGGGGUCUUCCAACUAUCGUUUAUUUCCUCAAUCACUACGGAAUUCUUUUCCAAGCUCUCCUAAAUCAAGUCGCAGUCAAUGAUGUCUACUUGUCUCCUGAACAUUGUCUACAAUGGAAUCUCGCCAGUAAUUGGUUCAUUCCCAUUAUUAUGAUGUUUGCAGAAGCCAUGCUUGUCUUCCGAAUUACAGCUUUGCAUGAGAAUAACGUCAAAGUGUCGAUCGCAAUACGGACACUGUAUUUCGCAUGCUCGGGCAUCAUGUCCCUUCUUACGGGAUUGCUGCUUGACGGCGUUGGACCAUUCGCGAGUGCAGACGGCAGUGUUCUUGCUUGCGAUAUCAGACAACUCGGCGAGAACAUGUUCUAUACAAUUUGGAUCCCUAGUCUGGUCUUGGAAACAGUCCUCGUGUUGAUGACACUAGCCAAGAGCCUGGCACAUCGCCGCAAUGGAUUGAGAACCCCCCUCCUGGCCGUUCUAGUGCGAGACGGAUUUAUGUAUUUCUUCAUUGUGUUUGGUGUCAUGCUCACUAAUCUUGUGAUCUGCAUGACCGUUGAGGAUGUCUAUUAUGCCCUUGUUUCACACCGACUCACCCUCUGUGUUUCGUCCAUCCUGUCUUCAAGAUUGUUCCUCCACCUACGUAAGACGGCAUAUCAGUCGCCCGAAGGAUACAGCACCCAAAAUACAGACAAACCGCCAUCGCUGGUCGAGAGUGCAAUAAGUGAGCCGCUGUCAAAUUGGCUCGACUUCCAUGAGCGAAAUGGGGAAGAAGGUGAUCGGGAAGGCCUGGAGCGUUCAGAGAGCAACCUAAACGGGAAAACCGAGUAA